AUGUGGAUGAACAUCGCCAGACCUAGGACAGUAAUGAUUCCAACCAGUAUCUUCACUUGGCCACGCCGCUUUUCAUCUAUCACAUACAAAGGUCAUACUCAACAUGUGUUGUCUUUAUGCUGCGCGUUGAUUUGGGUGCUAUGUACUUCACAAAACAAAGUUUUGGCGGCACAAACAAAAACGUGCAACCACGCCACAUACGCAGCUGGUGCCAAGGGGUAUUAUUGCGGCGACAAGUUAAGAAUGAUUCUUGAUUUACUCUGUCAUCCCAAUGGAUUCUAUGAUGGGCGUGGAAAAAGAGAUAUUGAAAUUGACGACGAUUUAAUAGAUCUGAGUAAGCAGAAUCCUAGGAUGAAAAAUGUGUUUAUUGAAAAGGAUGAAGCUUCUUCGUAUUUAAAGAAAAGAGACGCGGGAAUGCGCGGGAUCACGUGCGAGUGUUGUAUGAACCCAUGCGGAGUACCCGAGUUAACUCAGUACUGUAAGUCGGGCAAAAGAUCGGGAUAUAUGACCUUAAACAAUAGAAAGAGGAGUAGACAUUCGUCCGAUGGCAUAACAAGUCAAGAUCAUUCAGAUUCUCUACAGACGUCAAAUCGCCAUAGAAACAAUAAACAUACUAGACAGCGGCAUUUACACCGAUUCGGACAAUCCACA